UUAACAGACAUUGACUUACUUUGUAAACAAUGGGGAGCACGGGACAUUUGUCAAACGGGAAACUAAAUCUCAAUUUACUACGUGAUUAUUAUCGCCGAGAACUCUUGGAAUGUCUAGACAAAUGUCUAGGAUCAAAGGCACUUGUUUGGGAUGAUGCACUUACUGGACCCUUUGGGUUAAUUGCUGAAUACUCCCUUUUGAAGGAGCAUGAGGUUGAAAAAAUGUUCCCUCUGUCCGACAAAGGACUCCCACCCAGUAACGUACAGAACAUUAUCUUUGUCACAAGACCGAAGUUACACCUGAUGGAACAGAUCGCCCAGAAUCUGUUACAAGAAGAACAUAAAGGGGGAUUCAGGAAGGAAUACCACAUCAUCUUUGUUCCAAGGAAGAGCCUACUUUGUGAGAAAAAACUAAAGGAAUCCGGGGUCUAUGGAACUCUGCAUUACAUAGAGGAAUUCAAUUUGUCCAUGAUCCCAUUUGAUUCGGACCUCAUGUCUAUGGAAAUGGAAGGUGCUUUUAAGGAGUGCUAUUUAGAGAAUGACUACACCACCAUGUUUUAUGUGGCCCAGUCUUUGAUGACGCUACAGUUCUUGUACGGAAUCAUUCCCAACAUUCAAGGCAAAGGCGACUGUGCUAAAAACGUGGUAGACAUGAUGUUACGGAUGAGAAGAGAACUGGGAGGGAGGGAGCCCCAGAUUACCCCCCAGAUAGACAACCUCCUCAUCCUGGACAGGAAUGUCGACCUCUUGACCCCUCUGCUGUCUCAGCUGACCUAUGAUGGGCUGAUUGACGAAAUAUUUGGAAUAAAUAACACCAGUGUAAAGCUUCCCCCGGAGAAGUUUGUUUCCAGUAGCCAGUCUCCGGAGGAUGCCCCGACAGAGAAGAAAAAAAUCAUCCUCAAUUCCUCGGAUGAGUUGUACGGAGAGCUACGUGACAAAAACUUCAAUGCUGUCGGAAGCCUGGUCAGCAAGAAAGCCAAGACGAUUACCGCAGAGUUUGAUGAAAGACAUGCUGCCAAAACAGUGAGUGAGAUGAAACAUUUUGUGUCCAAACUUCCUCAUUUACAGCAAAUGAGACAGUCCUUAUCUAUUCAUACAUCCAUUGCUGAGUUGAUUAAGGAACACACUGAUUCUGAGGAGUUUUUAGACUCCCUUCGCUGUCAACAAGAGUUUAUCAAUGGACUAGACACAGACAAAGUGAACACAUAUGUGGAGGAUUGUAUCGGCAAAAUGGAGCCUCUCGAUAAGGUUUUGAGGCUGAUAUGCAUUCAGUCUUAUUGCAACAAUGGACUCAAAACCAAAGUUCUGGAUUAUUAUAAAAGAGAAAUUAUACAGACAUAUGGAUAUGAACACCUAGUCACUCUGAUGAAUCUUGAGAAGGCUGGCCUGCUUCGACAGUCCGGACAAAGACAUUAUCCGACCAUCCGUAAAUCUCUGAAGCUGAUCGUGGAUGAGGUCAAUGAACAGAACCCCAAUGACAUAUCGUAUGUGUACAGUGGCUACGCUCCCCUGUCUAUAAGGCUGGCCCAGUACCAUGCCCGCCCGGGCUGGAGAAGCAUCACAGAGGUCCUCAACCUGUUGCCUGGGCCCACCAUCGAAGAAAUCCAACAGAUUCCUGUUGCUCUCAGAAAAAGACGGUCCUCCAUCACUUCCUCACAUUCCAGCGUCAUGGACCAGAAGGUUACCUUGGUCGUGUUCCUGGGUGGGGUGACCUUCGCAGAAAUCGCAGCUCUCCGGUUUUUAGCUCAGCAGGAUGAUGCUGGUGCUGAAUAUGUUGUAUUUGCUACAAAAGUUAUAACGGGACAAUCACUAGUGAACUCUUUGACAGGAGUCCAUACUUAGCAGUCCGUCUUACUAACACUUCGCAUGUUUGGGGGAACAGAUUAUGUGAUAGCUACAACAAAGAUUAUCAGUGGCUCAACCUUACUGGAUUCUGUGAUGGAAAAACUAUCACCAGUUCAUUUGAACCCAUUCUAAAUCCACUGCCUUGUGAAAGGGACCAAAAGUGCAAUAUGUGUUAAGACAGUGUGUUUAUAUUGCGUUGUAGAACAAAUUGUUUAAUAAGUUUAUAGCUGCUGUAUUACAAUGGGAUGUCAGUUAUGUAUUAUAUCUGAAAGAUAUUUUUUGAUAUCAAAUUUGAUAUCAAGUAUUCUUUUCAGAAAUAAAAGAAAUCAAUAACAAAAAGGUUCUGCUAUAUUUACCUAUUUUUUUUAUCAGUGAUUUAAUAUUCUUGCUUUAAUUAGAUAUUUGAUAUUAUAGUUUGUUAUACUUUCAUGUUAAAUACUGAAAUCUGAUUGGUUAAGACGCAGUUCAUAAUCCUUUCUAUUACCCUCAACGUUAGCAACGCACUUAGCAACAUGUAACAUUAAAAAUUGUUACAUGCGCGAAAAUUAUGCGCGUACGGUUCGCUGUAGAAUUCACAUUAUUCCUAUAUAAAAGCAGUAAAAUUUUCUAAAAAAUUAAGACAUUCAGUAUAACAAAAUAAAUAGUGCCUGUUUGGGAGGAUAACAGUUGAA